CUCUGUGUAUACCAGGCUGAAAAAAUAUUUCUUUAUUUUUAUGUUUUUAUUCUCCACUGCUUGUCUGUGAGUGAUGGCAGGGAGUGUCCGCAUCAGCACCGCUCUCUCUGUCACAUGUUAACACUCUUGCGCCUAUGCUGCGCAUCAGUGGUGCCCAAGUGAUUUAUGUCGCCCGCCAGCAGUGGUCUGGAGCAGAUCCGACUGAAGACGCUUGAGGAAUGGCUUCUGAACGGGACGGAUCCAACACAACAAGAAAUCUGACCAACCAGUUUGUGCAGCCGGCGUGGCGCAUCGCGCUGUGGUCGGUGGCUUACAGCACUGUGCUGGCAGUUGCGGUUUUCGGAAACUUGAUUGUGAUUUGGAUUAUUCUGGCGCACAAGCGGAUGAGGACUGUCACCAACUAUUUCCUGCUGAACUUGGCUUUCUCCGAUGUUUCGAUGGCUGCGUUCAACACGCUCAUCAACUUUAUCUACGCGGCUCAUGGAGAGUGGUACUUUGGAGAAGUGUACUGCAGGUUUCACAACUUCUUCCCUGUCACAGCUGUGUUCGCCAGCAUCUACUCUAUGACCGCGAUAGCAAUCGACAGGUACAUGGCCAUCAUCUAUCCUCUGAAGCAUCGUCUGUCGGCGAAGGCCACUAUGGGAGUCAUCGUCUGUAUCUGGAGCCUGGCUGUGGUUCUGGCCUUCCCUCUCUGCUACUUUUCCACCACCCGAGCUCUGCCCCGCAGGACCCUCUGCUACGUGGCCUGGCCCCGAAUGGCCGACGACCCCUUCAUGUAUCAUAUCAUAGUGACAGUUCUAGUCUAUGUGCUGCCCUUAGCGGUGAUGGGCAUCACUUACACCAUUGUGGGGGUGACUCUGUGGGGAGGGGAGAUCCCAGGAGACUCAUCUGAUACCUAUCAUGGACAGCUCAGGGCUAAAAGGAAGGUGGUGAAGAUGAUGAUCAUCGUAGUGGCGACCUUUGCCCUCUGCUGGCUGCCUUAUCAUGUCUACUUCAUUGUGACGGGUCUCAACAAGCGGCUGAUCAAGUGGAAGUCUAUCCAGCAGGUUUACCUUUCCGUGCUGUGGCUAGCAAUGAGCUCCACAAUGUACAACCCCAUCAUCUACUGCUGCCUCAACAGCAGGUUCCGGGCCGGCUUCAAGCGGGUUUUCCGCUGGUGUCCCUUUGUCCGGGUCUCAAGCUACGAUGAGCUGGAACUCCAAAACACAAGACUUCGACCGGGUCACCAGAGCAGCAUGUGCACCCUCUCUCGGGUCGGCACCAGCAUCCUCAGCAAAGACAAGAGCACUUGCUCUCGAGGACACAGGUCAAGACUCAGCUCUGAGCCCACUAAUAAAGACAGUUAGUUGUCUCCAGCUGAAUGCUCACUAGGUUUGUUUGAUACAUUCUUUUGAGCUGACAAAUGCUGAUGGGGUUGUUUUUUGUUUACUCAUUGAACUUUUAAAUAUUAUUAUUAUCAACUCUGAUCGGUGUGGUGAACAUUUAUAAAUCUGGGCACAGUGUUGAGUUUGGCACUGCACAAGAGGUUUUUAAACUUAUAGAGGGGAGCGGGUGAGUUGCACGGGAGGCAGAGAUACUGCAUAUAUUUUUUUCUGAAGUGAGGGGCCCACAGUGUCAGAUUUUGAAAACCCCUGUCUCUGUAGCAGAGUGAGUAAUAUCAGCCAUGGUGGGGUAUUUUUUUUCAAAUGACUAUCAAAAUUGAUAAAAUGGAAUCUUAAUCAGUUUUGACAAAUAACUGAAAACAUGCGUAUCAUCCAGAUAUUAGAUAUAACAAAAUAUCUCAUUCUUUUGACAUCAUUGCCUUUCAUUGAUUUGAAGUUUAUUUUGGAGGGUAAUUUGUUUAAAUUAUAAAUUACUGCUGUUCAUUAGAUACUUUUCAAAAUUUUCUAAAAUGUAUCUAGGUCAGCUUGUUUGUGUAAUUAGACUAAAUAAUGUCAGGCAAGUUCCAAUUUUGUAAAAUCCCAAAAAAGGGUAUUUCAUCCAGUCAGUAAGAGAUAAUUGAUCAAUGUGUAAGUGGAUUUUUAACGUUGGUAUUACGGGAAAGUAAUCAGCAUUUAAUUAGUACAAUGGUCCCUAAAUAGCCUACAUUAUGUUUGCUUCCAUGUUUAUGUUCUGUACUUUAUUUUGUCUGAUUAAUUUUACUAAGCUUCUGCUGUAAAAUAUGGUUGAUAGUUUGAGUCAAGGUAUUUUAAAACUCUGCAUGAUUAUUAUAUCCAGAUAUUUUAAAUAUGUUUCUAAUAUAUUUUUAUUUUGGUGUCAAACUUCAAAUUCAUCACUGGUUCAUAUUGACUUAAUAACAAAUACACAAACCAUUCAUUUGUGUAUUUGACACAACACCAUUCACUUAAAUCUAGUGAGACUGAUACUAAAGGAUCCUGGUUGGAUGUUACCUGCAUUUCAUGAAAGAAUGUACAUUCACAAGUGCUUGCUGCUGUAAUUUUUGUCAGUUGAAGAAAGCAUGUGCCAUUUUAAAAUAUUGAGACUUUUUGGGACUUUUGUAUAUAGUAAGUGUAUGUACAUUGUGUGUGUUAUAAUAAUUUUGUGCACACUCAAACACACAGGCACAAAUUAUGUAUAUAUUUUAUGGUGAUGAUGUGUUUUAUUGUUGUAUUAUGAUGAAAAAAAGCAUUUAACAUUGCAUCUGUGUCUUUGUUAUAUUUUAUUUCAAUUAUGUGUAAUAAUAGUGUUGAAUUGUUCUGCAUGGACCAACGAUGGUGCACAGUGGUAUACACUGCUUGUAUCAGUAUCAGUCUGAUGAGAAGUAAAUUGUAUCUCUCUAAAUUACUAAAAAGCUGUCUUUUUGUUUUUACAUUUUACAUGUUAUUUAUUUCUCCCA